AUGCAAUUCAAGAACACUAUGAUCUCCGCUACUUUGGCUACUACUGCUAUGGCUGCUUACCAUCCAUCUGAACCAUGGGAAACUUUGACUCCAACUGCUACAUACUCUGGUGCUUUCACCAACCACUCUACUGAUUUCGGUAUUGCUGUUGUACCAGUUACCACUUCUGUUUCCACCGUUUCUGCCACUACCACUGCUGCUACCACUACUACUGCCGCUACCACUACUACUGCCGCUGUACACAAGAGAGAUGACGUCGCCACUACUGUUUCUUCUUCUACCACUACUUUAUCACCAACAUCUACUCAAGCUGCUCCAACUUCCUCUGCUACUUCUAUCUAUGCUGACUUUGAUCCUAUUACCGCUGUUUCCUGUAAGAAUGAAGGUAGUUUAACUUUGACUUUGAAUGGUUCCGUCUUGACUGAUGGUAAGGGUAGAAUUGGUUCUAUCGUUGCUAACAGACAAUUCCAAUUCGAUGGUCCACCACCACAAGCCGGUGCCAUCUACGCUGCCGGUUGGUCCAUCACCAGAGAAGGUAACUUGGCUUUAGGUGACAGUGAUAUCUUCUACCAAUGUUUGUCUGGUAACUUCUACAAUUUGUAUGAUGAAGCUAUUGGUGCUCAAUGUACUCCAAUUCACUUGCAAGCUGUUGACUUGGUCGACUGUUAA